CCGACAUUUUUCUCUGACCGCCGCGCCUCCAUCCCAUCCCGGAUCCUUUGCCGCAACGUCAGCGCCGCCUCCUCCUCUUUUCCUCUUCCUCCUCCGCCCCUCUGGCGUCCCGGCUUCUCCAGUUGCGGUUCCCGAAGCCGGUACCGAGCCCGGGGCAGCAGGGUGCCAUGCAGCCCGAGUGGCGGCGCUGAAGCAUGGCGACGCCCAUUCCUCCGCCUUCCUCGCGGCACCUGCGGCUGCUGCGACUGCUGCUCUCCGGCCUCAUCCUCGGAGCGGCCCUGAAUGGUGCCACCGCCCGCAGCCCCGAUGCUGCCACCUGUCCCGGAAGCCUGGAUUGUGCCCUGAGGAGGCGGGCAAAAUGCCCACCAGGUGCACAUGCCUGUGGACCAUGCCUUCAGUCCUUCCAGGAGGACCAGCAAGGGUUCUGUGUGCCCAGGAUGCACCUGUCUUCCGGGGAGGGCCUGUCCCAGCCUAGACUGGAAGAGGAGAUCGAUUCCCUGGCCCAGGAACUGGCUCUGAAGGAGAAGGAGGCUGGGCACUCAAGGCUUACAGCACAACCCUUGCCUGAGGCUGCACAGAAGCUCCUGGAGCCUGCUACCUUGGGAUCUUCACAGAGGGGUCAAGGACUGGAGCCCCGCCUCCCCUCCACACACGGAACCUCUCCACCUACGCCCCACACCUCCUUUGGCACCCCAGCGUCUUCUGGGCCUGUGCAUAUGUCCCCGCUGGAGCCUCCGGGCAGGCAUGGAAAUGGCCUCACCCUUGUGCUGACCCUGGCUUUCUGCUUGGCGAGCACAGCCGCCCUGGCUGUGGCAGCCCUCUGCUGGUGUAGGUUACAGCGAGAGAUCCGCCUGACUCAGAAGGCCGACUAUGCUGCCACAGCCAAGGCGCCCACUUCACCUACAACGCCACGAAUCUCGCCUGGAGAUCAGCGGCUGGCGCACAGUGCUGAGAUGUAUCACUACCAGCACCAGAGACAGCAGAUGCUGUGCCUGGAACGGCAUAAGGAACCUCCACAGGAACUGGAGUCAGCCUCCUCCGACGAAGAAAAUGAAGAUGGCGACUUCACUGUGUAUGAGUGCCCAGGUCUGGCGCCGACAGGGGAGAUGGAGGUGCGCAACCCACUGUUCGACCAUUCCUCGCUGUCAGCGCCCAUGCCGGGUCCCCACUCCUCACCUCCGCUGCAGUGAUGUCCACUUGCCUGCAGCCCACAGCCCACCGGUGGGGAGGAGCAAGUCCAGGUGUCCCCAUGGAAAAGAACAGCAUUGUGACCCUCUGCACGCUUUCGGCAGGAGGGAGGCACCAGCCCCCUGGGUCCCCUGCCUGGGAGACUCUGCGCCUUAUGUGGGAGAUCUAGCGGCUGCUUGCACAUUCUCUGUCUGGCCCAAACCCUCACACUGGCGAUACUAAGCCCAGGAACCCUAGAGCCCAGGCAUGGAUACAGUUCUGGAGACAAAAGCCAAUUAAAAUCUUUUUCAAACCUGUGGGUGGCUUCUGGGUUC